AAACAGCCCUCUCCCUUCACGCCCUUUGAACAUCCCUAAAGCCUGCCUCACUGAAGGCCUCCUCUAAUGAAAUCCGUGCCUUUCUCCCACCCCCCACCCCCCACCCCAAGCUAAUAUGUCGCAAGUGGGGGCUGGGGAGAGCUGAAAAUCAACAUUUCUUUGGCUGUAGGCCCAGGGCCUGGAUGCUCCUGGCUAGGCUGAAGAAGGAAAAUUCCAGUCACUUGGCUGCAGCCUGGGAGCUUAUGGAAGACAGAUGUUUUCCUGCCAGUUGUGAAACAGCCACUGCUAAAAUGAAGGAGAAGGACAACAUAGGAAGCUCCAAGUCUAUCCUGGCAGAAGCAAUGAGGGAGCUACGUGACUGUCAGAAUCAAGAGGACCUGAGUUCAAUUCCCAGAAACCACAUGGUGGCUCCCAACCAUCUAUAAUGUGAUUUGAUGCCCUCUUCUGGCAUGCAGAAAAAUUGGAUUUUAUCCCAAAAGAGCAGCAGCAAAUGCCAGAGCAUGGAAGGUGAAUGGGAGGCCAAAAGGAAGAGUGAAAGAGUCCUCACAGUGUCUGCGGAUUCACCUGGACAAACCACCACUGCCAACUCUCAUUGCUUCACCAACUGUUAUGAAAGUAGUCCCGUUGUCUCUCAGGUGCAAGCCUAUGAGAACUUACCUGCUGUGUUUUUAUAAUUUUUGCAGUAUAUUUUUUCUUUAAAAAAUACUUACUUUUAAAGAUUUUAUUUUUAAUUUUUAAAAAUUAUUUUAUUUUAUGAAGAUGGGUGUCUUGCCUGCACAUAGUCUGUGCACAUAAACCUCAUACACGGAGACAAGAAGGGGUGUCAGAUCUCAUGGAAGUGAAAUUACAGACAGCUGCUGUGUGGAUACUGGUACCUCAAAGCAGCUUCCAUGAAAGAGCAGCCAGUACUCUUCACCUCAUAGCAUCUCUCUAAACCUAAAGAUUUUUUUUUUUUUACUUAUGUGUGUCUGUGUGUCUGUGUGGGAGUGUCACAUUAGUGCAGUACCUAAAGAGGCCAGCCUCAGUUCCUUUGGAGCUGGACUUAUAGAUUGUUCUGAGCUGCCUGACAUGGGUGCUAGGAACCGAACUCAGGUCCCCUGCAAGAACAGUAAGGGAUCUUAACUGCCAGUCCCAGCAGCUCUUCUUUAUUACAUCUUUUUAUCUAGAUUCUAGUCUGGUAAAUACCUUUAUCCCUGUGCCUUUGGCUCCUCAUUCAUGGCACAUGAUCAAACCCAAGAGAAGGUGGUGGCAUUGCCUGUUCAGUCAAUCUAAGGCAACUACUGGAGAAUUCUCCUGCAGCUUCCCCUCCUCUCACCUGGCCUGGGGGCCUCUGCUGUCCUCUCUGACAUGUUUAAUUACCUAAGGAUUUUAUUUUCUGGCUAAAAACUUUUAUUGUUGUUAUUUCUUUUUUUUUUUCUUAACAAUUUAUUAAUUAUAUAUAUCCCAAUUGAAGCCCUUUCCUUCAACUCCUCCCAAUCUUACCCUUCCUCCCUCUUCACCGAGUUCUCCUCUGCCAUCUGCCCAUAGCUUAUCAAGUCUCAUCAGGACUGCCUGGAUCCUCUUCCUCUGUGGCCUGGCAAGGCAGCAUAUCCAGGGGCAAGUGAUCAAAGAGCAGUCAACCGAGUUCAUGACAGGCAGCCCCUGCUCCCUUUUAAUCUGCUACUCUUUGACUUCUGAUGGCCUACUUCACAGCUUUUAUGUAGAUAUAUGAUUUUUGAGAGGAUGAUAUCAAAUGCUACUCUAGUCAUCUCUUUAAUCUGAAUUGCCAGUUGUUAAGAAAAAUUAAGUGCUAAUGGCUCUGAAAAGUUUAAAUUAGAUUGCUACAAAUCUCGGGAUCUUCAGAUCUCCCAGAGGUAGAAAUGAACAAGAAGGCAGAAGAAAGUUCCUAGACAAGGCUUUUAUUAGGAGCUUUUACUCUGUAGGAAAAAGGAAAGCAGCACGGAGGUUCGGAAGGAUGAAGGAGAGGCAGCUCUGCUACGUUGGGGAAGCAAAGCAGUGACACACACGUGCUGGGAGGGUUAAUGUUGGUUACCAACUUGGCUACAUCUACAGUCAACAUCUACAACCCACCUGGGCACACCUGGGAGGAUUUUUUUUUUUUUUUUUUUUUUGGAUGAAUUAUUUGAAGUCAGAAGACCCACCCUAAAUCUGGGCCACACCUUCUGGCGGCAGCCCGCAUAAAAGGACGUGGAAGAAGGAAGCUUCUUGCCUGCCGCCCGCCCUGUAAGUUCUCCCCUAUCCCUGAGGCAUUCCAUUGCUGGUGUUAUUCCAACGCAGCUCUCCAGGACCUCCCUGAGACAGCUGACAAAUUCAGUCUUGUGGACAACUUACUGGAUCUUUGGCUUUUCCAUCAGGAGACAGCUGCUGUUGGACUACUCAGACCACAAGCCUCCCCAAAAGCCAAGAAAUGACUAAGGAGUGCCAAGAGGUGAUAGUACUAGGGGGACCCCACAUCUCAACUUCUGCGACCACCACCACCACCGUUAACAUGCCCGUCGAGGUCUCCGAGCCCGAUUAUGUGGUCUGGUCCCUGUUCAACACACUCUUCAUGAACUUCUGCUGCCUGGGUUUCAUAGCCUACGCCUACUCAGUGAAGUCUAGGGACAGGAAGAUGGCAGGCGAUAUGACUGGGGCCCAGAGCUACGCCUCCACUGCCAAGGGGCUGAACAUCAGUGCCCUGAUUUGCAGUGCCCUUAUGGCCAUUGUCAUCAUCAUUUUUUAUGCCACUGUGAUCUUCUAGCAACCUCACAGUAGAAAACAUUCUGGGACCUUCUAGUCUUGCUUUGUGUUCCACUGUCCACAGCUGCCCCAAACCCUAGUCUUAGUCCUGACCCUUGACCCCACAUCUGUCCACAGUGGGUUCAAUAAAGUGCAUGUGCUAUGA